AUGUGGUUGACUGCAUUUGCAUAUCUAAUUUUGGUCAAGUGUGUGUCGGCGCAGUGGUGGAGUGACGCUGUAUAUUACAGGGUUUUGGUGGACUCAUUUAAAGAUUCCGAUGGCGAUGGAUUAGGUGAUUUGCGAGGUGUAACUAAACAGAUGAGCUACAUCAAAGGGUUAGGCGCAGACGCACUGAUUUUGUCUCCGAUACAAGCGAAAAGUCGCGACUGCACUCGUCCUGGUACAAUCGACUUCACUGAGAUCGACAGUCGCUAUGGCAACGAAGAAUCUUUUAGUAAACUUGUAGACAAAUCUAAAAAAUUGGGCCUCAAAGUAUUGGUGACUCUGGAAGUCCAGAGUGUCAGCGUGGCGUCUGAAUUCGUCAACUCUAGCGCUGUAAAGAAACCUGGUUUUGAAGAUUGGAUCGUUUGGAGGGAUGGCAAUGAAACGAAUCCACCAGAAUCGCAAGUUGGAGUAGAGAAAUGGGUCUGGAAUGACGUACGUAACUCCUAUUGGGCAUCUAACAACGACGAAACAAUGGUCAAUCUCUGCUCUGAAGAUCUAACUGAAACACUGAAACGUAGCGUAUGCACUUGGAUCCAGCGGGCGGUAUCAGGUUUUCUCCUAAACCCUGACUUCAAAUUAGACCAAUCAUGUGGUGUGAGGUUCUUGAAGGCCAUGGCAGCUACGGCUGCUGAUUGUACUAGACUGAAUAAGGAUCGACCAAUAACUCUGGUGGAAACUGCGCUCGAUGUAUCCGCCGCAGCCAAUUACUACGUGGACGGCAGCGGAGUCAUAAGUAACUUAAAUGGGCGAGUGAGGAGAACCGCGCCAGAUUUGGCUCUGGCGAUACAAGCCGACGUCUUGUUCCGCCCGCAAGAUAUGAGCCUCGCGUGGCCUACAAGUUCCAAUGAUGACAGCCGAGUGACAUCCCGAUGUGGAAGUGAAAUGGUGGACGCAACCAACAUGAUUACCCUCCUCCUACCCGGUGCUGCGAUCAUCCACCAAGGAGAUGAGCUGGGUGCAGCCGAUACAAUCUUAGAAUGGGCAACAGCAAAAUGCUGGCCAGCUCGCACCACAGCCACCGCAGCCCCAUUCCCUUGGGAUGAUUCGCCAUCAGCAGGGUUUACUAGUGGAGAACCCUGGCUACCUUUGGCGCCGAAUUACAAAUACGCGAAUGCUAAAACUGAAUUUGCUCACGAGCAAAGCCAUCUUGGCGUGAUAACACGUCUAGGAGACGCGCUCGCAAUACUAAGAUGGGGCACGACCGGUUCCCUUCUGCUGGUUUCCAACGUGGCCUAUGGGGAAUGUGAUGUGGAACUUUCUAGAAUACACGGUCUCGCAUACGAAAUGAUAGUAGUAACGAGUUCAGGAGCGCACUGCGCCGAACCUCGCCCGUGGCUUCGCCUCUUGGGCCGAGGGCGCAGCACGCUUCAGGCCGUGCCGACUUCUCCACCAUUGCUACCUACACCAAGAAUGAAAUUCAACUCGUCGGGCGUCGGCCGCCUUCGCUCGACUAGCGAUCGAGCUGGCUCGCGACGUGAUCCGGCUCGGGCCGUCGACGCAUCAUCAUCGAAACCCGACGUGACUCCACACACCAGCGCCACCGCCGCUGACGCCACCGCCGAUGACGCCACCGCCGCUACCGUCGCCGCCGAGAUCGCUGCGACGCCCAUGCCUUCCUUCCUCGAUUCCAUCGAAUCGCAUUUCCUAGCCCUAUCGCAAGGCUCUCCCGAGGUCCUGGACGCGAUGUUCCGGUCCCUGUCGGGUGACGUCCCUCCUGCGCCGCGGGGCUCCCCGAGAGCGUUGCUUUAUUCCGACGCAAUUGCUUACGCAAUUGUAAGGAAGCAAGUAGCGUUCUCGGACGGCCUAAACGCGGCGGUCAGGGCGUACCUUGACAGGACCGAGACAGAGCUAAGGGCCGAGGGAUUGCUAAGCACUCCCCUAACGCAGGACGAGUCGGCAGUUGCCUACGGCAACAUUGCACGGUCGACCCCCCUGCGUCGCCCCCGACCGGAAUCCCCCUCCCCUCCUGCCCGCGACCCCAAGAGGCCGUGCCAGGACGCUACCAUCCCGUCCUUCCCGGAACCCCUCUCCCAGCGGGAUCCUCGGCUGCGACGAAGACUCGCGCUCCCCGUUCCGGAGCCCGCCGCGCCACCCGCGCCUGCCCCGCGCGCCGCACCUGUCGCGCCCGCUGCCGCGCUUGCCGCGCCUAUCGCCGCGCCUGCCGUACGCUCCGCGCACACUCCGAGCGCCGCGCCUACCUCGAGCGCCGAGCCCGCUACUACGAUCGACGCACCCCGGUCGUUCGCACAGCUCGCGGCCGCACCUGCCGCGGGCCGCCGCCCGGCAUCGCCGCUGCCACAGACGUCCACCGCUACCACCGCCGCUGCCGCUGCCACCCCGCGCUACCCGCCACUAAUUGUGGAGGUCCUGCCCGAGUGGACGACGCACUUCCGUGCCCUGAGGGACCGUCUCGGGCACGCGCCGAACGCGCGCCCCUUCGGCAGAGGGGUGCGCUUCUCACCAAAGUACGGGGAGGAGUACCGCACCGUGCAACGGUACCUGACGGAGCUCGAGAAGAACCAGAAG